GGGUUUGGUGCGCUCGUAUUCCCUUGGCGUCGAUGAGUUUGCACAAAAUUCCUCAAAACUGCCCAGAUACGGGCAAGGAGCAGGACUCCAAAGACUGUAGAGAGGCGAAUGAACUUCCAGAAGCUAUGAGGACUAGAUCUCUCUUGGAUGAUCCAGAGAGGUUUAGACCAGUCGAUGGAACUACCAUUCAGCGAUGGCGGCGUGGCAGUGUUUUGUCGGGUUCCAACAGGCGAUGGGCAGCGGUCAACACUAGUGCGACCUCCCAAAUGAAAUUUGGAAAAAUAUUCCAAAAUUUGUCUAAAAGUGGCAGAGACCAAGUUUCGAGUGCGACGAGGACAGCGCUAACAGUUGCCUCCUCACUGGGCCAGUCAGAGUGUGCGCUGGAGUGCUUGGCCCAUGCGAGGCGAGGUGCAGAGUGA